AUGACCAGUCCCUCGAAAAACCCGCGUUCCGAAGACCCCCAGGACGUGCGCAUGGCCGACGCAGACGAUGAAGAGCUGGACCACGAUGGCGACUAUUCUACCGCAGACCAGACUCCACUCUCCAUGACCCCGGGACCCAGCGCCGGUAAUGCCACUCCGACAGCUUCGAAAGUAAAAAAACCAGACCAUACGCCUACCAAAAACCAACCUCAGCAAUUGACCAAAGUGCCCAUGCAUCUGCUCGAAAAGCGUCGUUUGGGCCGUCUGAAAGCUGCAGAACAGUAUGCCCAGAAAAUGAAGACGGUGGGAAUUGAGCGUAGAGAUAACACCACCAUUCACCAAAAUGGGCUUUUCCGAGCACUGUCGCUUAUUAACCAGAAAAAUUACUCGUCCGAUUACCUCAAGCGUGACGACCAGAUCUUCGCUAUGCGCGAACGUAAAUCGCUUCGAAAUGCCACUUCAUCUCAAAAUAAUCCAGAAAUUCCCAUAGAUGACGAAGACCAGGACAGUGCGGACGAGGAAGGCGAAACAAACACCAUCGUUAUCCACCCCGGAUCACAGUUUCUAAAAAUUGGCUUUGCCACCGAUGUGCUACCACAGUCCAUUCCUAGCUGCAUCGCAGUGCCAAAGACUCCCGGUAUUGCAAAGACUCCAGCAAUUACGAGGCAGUUCGAUCAAGAGGCGUACAAUGAGACAAAGGAACACAUUCAAAAUGACUUCAAAGAAAGAAUGAGAUAUUACAAACGCAAAAUCAUGCCUAACUCCCAUGAAGCCGUUGUAAACUUCAACACUAGGGUUCAGCCAGAGAAAAUCCCAGAACAUAAUGACCUCCAUCGCGUAGAAUGGAUUCAACAGCCCACAAAAGUUUACUAUGGGGAAGAAGCUACUAGAUGUCUUCCCGCGCAUUUUAACGUGAGAAAUCCCUUUUUCAAAGGCAAGUUCAAUGUGGAGUCUCCGAAUUAUCGUUCCUUACAGGAACUAUUGUCUGACGUUUGUGAGCUUUUAAAGUUUGCUCUUUCGCACCCCAAGCUUAACAUCAAACAAGCUCAAAUUCCAAACUACAAAGUAGUUCUAGUGGUCGCUGACGUCCACGAGAAGGCAUACGUUGAAACCUUUAUACAGCUUCUAUUAAUCGACUUGAAGUUUCAAGCAGUGGCCAUAAUUCAAGAAUCUCUUGCGUCAUGUUAUGGCGCAGGUAUUAGCGAUUCUACUUGUGUCGUCGACAUUGGUGCCACUUCAACCAAGAUUGCAUGUGUGGAUGAAGGACUGGUUGUAGAUAACAGCAUCAUAUCACUCGACUUUGGUGGAAACGACGUGACCCGCUUAUUUGCCAAAUUUCUAUUGGAGUCAAAGUUCCCAUACCCUGACAUCGAUCUGACUAGCCCGCAAGGCUGGACGUUGAUGGAGUCUCUUAAAGAGAAAUAUGCUACUUUUCAAGACGCCGAUGUUACCAUCCAGCUUUACAACUUCAUAAAGAGGAUACCGGGAAAGCCUGGCGCUGAGAAGUUCGAGUUCAAGGUGUUUGAUGAAGUUAUGACAUCGCCCAUGGGCUUAUUCUUCCCAGAAAUGUUUGCUUUGAUAAAGACACAUGAACAACCAGUAAAUGAAUAUGUUUCCAAACAGCUGCCUCGUUCCAGAGAUUUAUUCAGCUACAAGGACAACAACCUCAAAUCUAUAAGUCAGCUCUCAUGUCAGAAAGAAACAACGUACUGUGAUCUCGCUCGCGAUCUCGACGUACUGCAAAAGCUUUUAAACCUGCCAUCUGAAAUUGAGGACUAUCAACAGGCAAGUAUGAGCGAUCUAACACCAACUUAUACGGCGUUGGAGAAGGCUAUUGUUGAGAGUAUCACAAAUGCAUGUGUUUGUCUCGAUAAUAACUAUACGAAAGCCACAAAUUUCUAUUCCAACAUUCUCGUCGUUGGUGGGAGCUCCAAAUUUCCAAGUCUGGAUUUUAUUCUCACGGACAGGAUCAAUAUAUGGAGACCGCGUUUGCUAAGUGUCAACACUCUGCCAACAUUCUACGACAAGAUCGCCAAGCAAGUAAAGGAGUUCGAGCAAACAAAUAAGCUUGUGGAGAUAAAAGAUAAGGAGGAAUUAGCAGCACAGAAGAAGAAGCUUGCGAAGACCAUCAAAAUGGAACUUCAGUCUUAUUGGGAAGGCGUCGACGCUCUUGGUGGUAGUGAGAGCGUAUUUCCCAUCAACGUGCUACCAGCACCUCGGGAGAUGGACCCUUCUCUGCUGACGUGGAAAGGCGGAAGCGUAUUUGCUCGAUUAAAGCUGAUUGAAGAACUUUACGUCACGAGCAGCGACUGGGACAUUUUGGGUAGCAGAAUUCUGCAAUACAAAUGCAUUUUUGACUACUAG